AUGAAGGUUCUUCUACUUGCCAUUGGAAUCCUGUGCAGAAGAACGAAGCUGGAGCCCAAGGAACAGUUUGUCUUCAGAGAUAAAGUCACUGCAGACCAGAUAUACAAGUUCAUGUAUCAGGCACCGCGGACCAGCAAGAUCGAGCUGGCUAUUUUUGACACAAAGGGCAGGCAAAUGAUCAAGACAAGGGACCCAUAUUCGGUUCUGUACUACAAGAUCAGCGAGGAAGGGGAGAUUGUGAUAUCUGUCAAGAAUAACAGCUCGAAGGUCAUCAACUUCGGGUAUAGGUGCCCAGACACAAACCAGAGGGCCCAGGGAGGUCUUGGGCCAAUAAGCGUCGAGCUGGUUUCCGAGCUGCAGGAUGUUCUCGAAACCGUGAUCCAGGCCCAGAGGGUCCAUAUCAAGAAGCACGAGGAGCAUGCAAGAAUGGUUGCCGGAUCGAGGAGAUGGGUCACGAGACUUCUAGUCUUCGAAACCUUGUUCUUCACAGGUGUUCUAUACUUCCUGCACAGAGACAUGUUGAAGAUGUUUGAGACUAAGAGGGAAGUUUAA